AUGACUUCUGUAAUCAAGAUUCAAGAGCGCCAUACUGCAGAUAGAACACAUAUACUAGAAGAUGAUAAACCAUCCUCAUUGGGAUGUUUUGGCUGGUUUAUUAUCAUCAUCUCUAUCAUUGUCACAAUAGGAUUGUUUCCUCUUACCAUCUUUAUGUGCGUAAAGAUCGUGCAGGAAUAUGAAAGAGCCGUGAUCUUUCGAUUGGGUCUCAUUGUGGACAGGAAACCAAAAGGACCAGGAAUUUUCUUUGUGUUGCCAUGUACCGACACAUUCAGGAGAGUGGACUUAAGAACUGUGUCAUUUAAUAUUCCUGCUCAAGAGUUCUUGACUAAAGACUCUGUGACGGUGAGUGUGGACGGUGUGGUGUUCUACCGUGUAUUUGACCCCAUCUGUUCUGUGGCCAAUAUCACCAAUGUGGACCAGUCAACAAAGCUACUGGCACAAACCACCCUGAGAAACGUGAUGGGUACGAAGAACCUAUCAGAGCUGCUAUCGGACAGAGACGGCAUCUCCUUUUGCAUGCAGUCUGCCUUGGAUGAGGCCACUGUUGUGUGGGGCAUUAAAGUGGAGCGGGUGGAGAUCAAGGACGUUAAGUUGCCCCAGCAGCUCCAGAGGGCCAUGGCGGCAGAGGCAGAGGCGGUCCGUGAAGCUCGUGCUAAGGUGAUAGCGGCAGAGGGUGAGAUGAACGCCUCACGGGCUUUGAAGGAAGCCUCUCUAGUGAUCGCUGAGUCACCAUCAGCUCUGCAGCUAAGAUACCUCCAGACUCUGAACUCCAUCGCUGCCGAGAAAAACUCCACCAUCAUCUUCCCUCUGCCUAUUGACAUCAUUCAGCAUUUCGUAUCUAAAACAAAUUAA